AUGUUUUCCUCAAAGUGUAUUUAUUUGGUGGUUGCCUGCCUAAUCUUGACUGGUUCAUCAUCACCCAUUGGGGAUUUAGUUGAACCUCGUCGAAAGGAGUUUGACGACUCAUAUAAAUCGUCUUUAGUACGUCACGUGCGUUCCCCUGGCACUAUUGACUUGGGCAUUAAAAAUGAUCAGUCUGGAAGUGAGGCCUCAGUUAAUGUACAUCAUAAUCUUUUUACCAGUAGUGAUGGUCGUUUUGGAAUUGAUGGGUAUGCUCGAGGUUCUUACAAUUUUGAUAAUGAUCUCAGUCAUUUUAGUGGUGGCAUUCGUUUUAGUUUUUAA